AUGAUGUCAAAGCACUGGUUUAAAAAAGUUGCUAAAUAUGAGGGAACAGAAAAUAAACUGGUUGACAAGAUGUGGGAAAUAAAAGCGAUUUUCGAGGGAGCGGAAACAGAAGGGAAGAUUGCCGUCCUUUAUCUCGGAUGGAAUUCUGAGCACAUGUAUGACGUCGACGUCGAAUGGUUCCGCGAGCACUACAAGAGGGUCUACGACAUUGCGGAAGCCAGAAACAAGUUUGUAGAAGUUCUCAAGAAGAAGAUCUCCGACAAGGAGAAGAAAGCUCUAAUCGAGUUGGAACAAUGCAUGACUCUGGAUCUUCAAUAUGAUUGUUCCAAUCGCUAUUGGUUUCUUCAGGAUCUCACAUAUUUCCAUUCCAAAAUCCAACAAGACAACGGAUUGGGGAAUGUUCAUUAUAUGUGUAUUUUUAGAAUAAAUUAA